UAAUAUUAACAGGAAAUAAAUAAUUCUUUAAAUACUCGCAUUUCAGUAGAAGUAGACUAAUUCAUUUCUCGUCACUGCACUCCACAACGACAACACAAUCCGUUAUCAUUGCUAUUCAUUGGAGUUACUCAUCAUAUACUAUUUUGACUUACUUUUGAUCUUCCUUCUCUUCCAAGCAUAUCAAUAUAUUACUUAUUUUAAUUUCAUGCCCUUUACAGAGUGUACAGAAUGUCACCACCACCAGCUAAGAAAUGAUGUCAGUCAAAUGAAGAGGAUAUUAGAGAAUUUAAGGAAUACUGGACUGAAAAGUUUGGCAUGAUUAAGAAGGAUGAUAAAGCUCUAUACAUUUUCUGUUCUGACACAGUUGUUUGUAGAACUUCUUCUGUAAAGAGACAUUUUGAAAAUGUUCAUAAGAACUUAAGCAAUAAAACUGAGGAGGAACAAAGAGAAUUAAUUUCUCGAGAACUGAGCAAGACAAAAACACAAGCUGAAACUUUUAUGAAUUAUAUUUCAGGUAGGCCCAGUUCCAACUUAGUUGCUGCUAGUUUUGAAGUUUCAAAAGUUAUUGCCCAACACGGAAAGCCUCUCUGUGAUGAGGAGUAUAUUAAAGAAGCUUGGCUAGAAUGUGCACCUUUUCUUUUUGACAACUUUUCAGAAAAGAAAAAGAUUAUUCAGCGCAUUAAAGAUUUGCCUGUGAGAAGGAAAACAGUUAAGGAUAGGAUACUUAAGUUGGAAAGAAAUACAGCUGAACAAUUGACAAAAGAUUUGUCUUCAUGUAAGUUUUUUUCUAUUUGUGUUGAUGAAAGUACAGACAUUACAUCAUCAGCUAGGCUAGCCAUAUAGUUGCUCUGGUGAAGAGAUGGUUGCUCUUGCAUCACUACCUGAGCGUACUACCGGGGCUGAAAUAUGUAAAACAAUUGUGAACGAAUUCUCUACUCGGCAAAUUGACAUUUCAAAAGUAGUAUCCGUCACAACAGAUGGUGCCCCAAACAUGACUGGUGAGAAGGCAGGAUUUGUAAAUCUGUUUGCAAUAAGUGUUGGUCAUCCACUGAUUGGCUUCCAUUGCAUCAUACAUGAGGAGGCUUUAUGUGCAAAAGCAGGCCUAAAGGAACUGCAAGAAGUGAUGCAAACAGUUACCAAGGUUGUUAACACUUUCGCCCGGGCAUGACGCAGCAUUGCGUCAUCCGUUUACUGUCGGUAAUGCCGGGGAUGACGCAGCAUUGCGUCAUCCACUUUAAAUAAUCACCAAAAAUCAGGUU